GGUAAUACAGAGCUAGGCUGUGCUUCUCUACCCUGAGCAGUCUAAACAUUUCUAAUAUUUAUUUUAGUGGAGGGUGCUUUAAGGAAGUUUUGUAACUACUAAAGUUGAACUGACUAAACGGACGCUUCUAGUUCUAGUCGCUCUAAAACUGGUUCAUGACCGGUCUAAGACUUCGACUUCGUAACUUUCCUUCUAAAAGAACCAGCCUGCGCUGGGGAGACUCCUGUUACCUUUCUCUAGGUUUGGAGGUCCUGUGCCACGACGUUGGCCAGUUUUUCUGCAUUUACAGAGCUGUAUCACACAUAGAGUAUGGUAGAAAAACGGUGCUUUAACACGUGCUUCCUUUAAAAAUAAAAGACAAGAAAAGAAUCAAACUCAGCGAUUCUUAAAAACCGGUGCUAGAAGAAUUGAAUUCAUAAAAAAAAAACAUUUUCAAACAUUACUAUUGGACAGUUUGUUAUCAGUGUUUGUUUCAAACAUCACACGGCGAGAAGAAAUAUUGAAAUAUUCAUAAGAACUGAACACUGACCAUUGGUCAAUAUCGUUUUACUCUAUAAAGGUCUUCCUUUUGUAACCUUUGGCAAACUUCUAGUGAUAGGAACUUGUCAAGAUGACCGUGAACAUCGCUGGUGUGAUAUCUGUCAUCAUUUUUUACAUUCUCAUCUUAUUGGUGGGGAUUUGGGCUGGCCGAAAGAAGAAGACCUCUGCCGACGACCUGGAAAGUGAAGAAGUCAUGUUAGCGGGACGAAAUAUAGGAUUUUUUGUCGGAGUGUUUACAAUGACUGCUACCUGGGUGGGAGGAGGGUACAUUAACGGAACAGCAGAAGCUAUACACGACGAUGGACUUGUAUGGUGUCAAGCCCCGCUUGGCUAUGCUCUUAGUCUCGUAUUAGGUGGUUUAUUGUUUGCCAACAAGAUGCGAACACAGGGUUAUGUGACUAUGUUAGAUCCCUUCCAGGAGAUCUUUGGAUCAAGAAUGGGAGGUCUUCUGUUCCUUCCAGCUCUUUGUGGAGAGGUCUUCUGGUCAGCAGCCAUUCUUGCUGCUCUUGGGGCUACCGUGAGUGUGAUUAUUGACCUGGAAACCAACACUUCAAUUAUUGCAUCCUCGUGCAUUGCUGUGUUCUACACACUGUUUGGUGGUUUGUACUCUGUCGCUUAUACUGACGUCAUUCAACUAUUCUGUAUUUUCAUUGGUUUGUGGUUAUGUAUCCCGUUCAGUUACUCAAAUAAAGCCGUGGGCGAUAUGUCUCUAGAAGCAACCAACUGGCUGGGUUCUGUUAAUAUAACUGACGCUGGGAUAUACAUAGACUACGGGUUAUUGUUAAUCCUUGGAGGAAUUCCUUGGCAGGUAUACUUCCAGCGAGUUCUAUCUUGUAAGAGUGCUUUUAAGGCCCAGGUUCUUUCGUAUGUCGCUGCAUUUGGCUGCUUAGUUAUGGCUAUCCCUCCAAUGAUGAUUGGGGUUAUUGCCAAGGCAACAGCUUGGAACGAGACUAGUUACGGUGAGCCUCUAAAGCCAGACGAGACUGCUUUGGUACUCCCUCUAGUGUUGCAAUAUCUUACUCCUUCAGCUGUGUCAUUCUUCGGACUCGGUGCCGUCUCUGCUGCUGUCAUGUCCUCUUCUGAUUCCUCCAUUCUUAGCGCCAGUUCCAUGUUCGCCCGCAACGUUUAUAAGUUGAUAUUUCGCCAAAAUGCCUCCGAACGAGAAAUCGUAUGGGUUGUUAGAAUUUCGAUCUUGUUUGUGGGUACACUAGCGACAGCCAUGGCUCUAACAGUCAAGUCCAUCUACGGACUCUGGUACUUGUCCUCUGACCUCGUCUACGUCAUUUUGUUUCCUCAGCUGAUAUGUGUCGUCCACUUCAAAGAAUACUGUAACACUUAUGGGUCACUAUUAGCAUAUGUUCUCGGUUUCUUGAUGCGAGCUUUGGGUGGAGAGCCCAUCCUGGGGCUCGAACCAGCCAUUCAUUACCCCUUUUACGAUGAAACUGGCGGCCAGCGAUUUCCUUUCAGGACUUUUUCCAUGUUGAUCAGUCUGACGACCCUGUUGACUAUCUCAGCCUUUACCAAAUGGGCGUUCGAAUCGGGGCGCCUUCCAGCAAAACUAGACAUCUUCCGUUGUAUCGUCAACAUUCCGGAAGAUGUUGUCAAGGUCCAGGAACCGCAGGAAGGAGAAAUGUCAGUUUUAAAUACCAACAUGAUUAAGACUUACCAAACAGAAAUGAACGGACGAAUCAACCCAGCAUUAAAUCUCGGCAGUGAAGAUGAACUAAAUGACUCUCCCAGUAACACCGACAUGAAGGACCAGUCGGCCCUGGAAUUAAAAGAUGGGUUUGCCAAGGCUAUAGACACCACGAGUCUGUGAGGCACGCAGUGGGUAAUAUAAUAUCUAAUUCCAAAAUUUGUCCCAACACGUAUAUGUGCAUGUAUAUUUCCAAUAACCUGUAGAGUUACAGUAGAAAAUGUCAGUGAACGUUGAAUUCCAAGCUGGUGUAGUGAGAACUAUCUGUCUUCUUAUAUUGUAGUUGGCAAAUAACCAAUUUUUAGCGUUUUUGGUCUUUAAGUUACGUCAUGUCAUGUAAAUCUAUAUAGUUGAAUCGUAUUUUUAGAAAAAAGAUAUUUCAGAAUUUUUGUUAUUUAGUACAUUUGAGUUCCAUAUAAUUUCGUACGUUAAAUACGCUAGUGAUGAAAGACGAGGGCAGAAUUAUUCAUACAACCAAUACUUUUUUCAUCUUUCAAAAAAGUUAAGGUUGUAUACGACAGAAAUUUAUCUCAUAAAAUCUGUAUCCCUGAUUAUUGUGAAAAGAAAUACUGCUCCUCACCCACAGGAACAAAACAAACCAAAAACUAUCGACUACGGAAAGUGGUUAACUAUUAAGUGUUGCUCUAAGAAAAAUUAGGUGUGUUACAGUUUGCUAUAAUAGGUUGAAAAGCGUUUGGUAACAAGUUUAUCUUUUGAACCUUAGGUUUCUUGCCACACAAUUAUUCUGUAUAGGAAAUUUCGUUGUUUUGGGGACGGGGGUUAAAAGUUUUGAAGUUCUUUCCGAAGUUAAGAAGGAAACAUUUGCUUGUAAUAUUUAGGAUAGUUAAAUAUGCUGUUAUAAUUAACAGUGUCAGUGGUGUUAAAUGGUGUUAAGUGAGCUGUUCUACGUGUUUAUACCAAUAUUCACGUGGUCACGUGAUAGGAUUCAUUCGAAAUUUUAAUUGUAACCCUAAUUUAUCAAAAUCCUACUUCUGUUUGUAACAUAGUUACAAGGAUAAUGUAAACUUUCAUGUACGAUGACUGUUAUUUGCCAGAUAGUACUAGUUUCUUACAUGACUCAAGCACAACUGACAACCACUGACGAAUCGGUGUUGAGAACAUAUAAAAUAACAAAGUGCUUUUGAACAUCAGGUUCUACUUCAGAUUAGGGAACUUAAAAAGCAAGCAAGUUAUAACAGAUAUUCCUCAUAUUGAAUGAAAUCGUAAAUAUAUAGAUUGUGCUAACACACUCCUUGUUUAUAGAUUUUUAUCUCUAAAUUUUUUUUCAGUCAUAGCUUUCUCUAUACUAAUUAACGUGAGGAGAACGUAACACGAGUCUCUAAAGUAUUAUAACUUCUAAUUUCCUCAGAUACGUCACUCAUUGUUUCCUGUAGUUAUUCACGUGAGAGAAAAAUUGCUCAGGUUCCUACUGUAUAAUAUUACUCCCACCUCCCCCAUACAUCAAACACCUCUUUUUUUGGUUAACAUUCCUAUUCAUUAUUUGAAUACUUUACCAUUUUGUAAUCCAUAGGUUUCGGUCUUAUUUAUUGCUAUUAUAUUAAUAAUAGAUCUACACCAUUGGAAUUAUUGAAUAAUAUCUCAAGUAAAACACGUCAGACUUCAACAUUCUUUUUUCUAAGUCGGUGUUUACUUCGAUACAGUUUAAGGGGCAUUUAUAUAAUUACAUUUCUGUUCCUGAUAUAACACAAUAGAAUACAAAGCUUUGAUUUUUUGAUACUCUAUCACUCACCUAAAUGCUUGUGCUCUUAAUAACUAAGUUCGAAGUGAAAGAUGAAAAAUAUGUUAUUGUAUUAAAAUUACAACCGUUUCUUUAAGAAACUGCCAAUAUAACACCGUAUGAAAACAUUUAUUUUAUUUUGAAAAAUUAUAACUGUUUUUACGCUCACAAUUAUAGCAAAUACAGAGAGCAAUGCUUUUGUAUUCUUCGAUUGUGACCUAUCUAUUUACAUUAAAAGUCACGUACUAAUUAGAGAUUGUCUUUUACUGGUAUAAAGAAAAAGUUUUUUUUCUUCUAUAAUUCCUUAGGAAAGAAAUAUAUAUCAUUUUCAUCUGUGAUAGAAUGGCUUAUUAGUGGGUAGUAGCUUUGUAAUUACGCUUUAUACCUGAUGUUGAAUGUUAUGAUUGAUUUUUGUAUCCAGGAAAAAUUUAGGAACAUAUAUAUAUAUAUAUAUCCCUUUUAUCACGUUCGUUUCUGAUUGGCUUAUGUUGUAAACGAUAAUCGAUUGUCUAGUAAAAGGAUGCUGCGUAUUCGUUAUUGUAAAUUACUGUGAAUUUCAAAUCAACCAACUACAGUUAACUUAUAAAUUAAUUAUAAAUAGAUAAGGGAACUACUUUAUCUGGCUGAGUUCUUACAGUAAAAUUUGGUUUGGUAAGUCAGAUAUGAGCAUUACUAAAAUUAUUUUAAUUGAUGAGUAACAUGAUCAGAAAAUUAGGCUAUAAACAACUCUUUUUUUUUCUCUCUCUUUCGGCCACAAAUUGUUUUUCAUCAUAAUACUCAUCUUGUCUUUUCAAGCUAGGCACAGUGAAAACUUUUCUCAGUCAUUGAAUCUGGAACAAUUUUUAGUGUUGAAAACCCAGUUACACUCUUCUUCUAACACCAAUAUCAGGUAAACAGCUUUUUUUUUUAUACCUCAAACCAAAGAGUGUUGCUGCUCUAGUUCCCACGCCCUUGUUAUCAGUAUUAGGCUUCUACAAGAUAAAUGAAACGCUGUGUUCAAUUCUGACUCGAAAAAUAUAAUAGACAUGUUUGUAAUAGGGUGUUAAAAGCGUUCGAAUUUUAACUUGAUCUUCCUUUAUUAAUUUGUGGCUGAUGUUCACUCCGUUAAGUUAAUUCUACUGAUUGUUUUUAAAGAAAGACUUGAGCAAACAGGGUUUCAUACAAAAUAUGUUCCUACGUAUAUUUUUUUAUUUGUUUGUGAUAUAUUUUAGUAACUGCCGUCUUAUGUUUAGCAUAUAUUGGAUAAUAACUUUGAGACCGCCUGACAACUAGGCUUUGAGUGCUUGUGUAAACUACCCCACCAUGCGUAACAUUUAUCUACUGGGCUCUGAGUGCUUGUGUAAACUGCCCCAUCAUGCGUAAUAUCUGUCUACUAGGCUUUGAGUGCUUUUAUAAACUGGCCCACCGUAGGUAACGUUUGUCUAGUAGGCUUUGAGUGCUUGUAUAAACUGGCCCACCAUGUGUACCUUUUGUCUACUAGGCUUUGAGUGCUUCUAUAAAAUGAUCCACCAUGCGUAACAUCUGUCUACUAGGCUUUGAAUGCUUGUAUAAACUGGCCCACCAUGUGUACCUUUUGUCUACUAGGCUUUGAGUGCUUCUAUAAAAUGAUCCACCAUACGUCACAUAUACUUACUUAACUAAAAGCAAUCCCGGAAGUUUAGAAAACUGCUAGACUUGAGUGAAGCAGCCCAGGCAUAGACGCUUAUUUCCUUGUGCUUUUAUUUUGGCCUCAUACUGUGAACAUGUAUUUUGUGCAAGCGGCAUGGAUAUAGAAAGGUACAUUAUUUGAUUUAUUUGCAUCGUAGUUUGACGGUGGCGUACCCUAUUAUUUACAAUAUAUAUAUAUAUACUUGGUGAGUUCUGAUACCAGAGCAUACUUCACUAAAUUGUAGAGACACGUGUUUGUUAAACUAAUAUAAAUAAAUAUACAUAUAUAUAUAUAUAUUAAAAUCGUUACUAAGUACAUAAAUAUACAAGGUUGUUGUAAAGUACGUAUUGUUGCCUGUUUCCUUGUUGUCUUGAACUUGGUGACACUAGUGUUAACAUAAAACCUUAAUGUUCCAAGACGUAAACAUCUGUAUGAUGCAUGUUAUUAAUAACUAACAUUAAAUCUCUAUAACUCAGUCAUCGUACAGGUACGUUUAAACUGUAGUAUUAUUAAAGUUUCAUUACUGUUGAUAGUGUGGUGUAGUUUUAGUGGAAAGUAUCACGGAAUAAAUGUAAUUUGAAUGUUUUGAAUGUUGUACAAUUAUCUUUAAUAGGCGCACACACCUGCAAUAAUUUCCAUAUUUGCAAUACCAAUCUAAACAUUAUUGGCCUGGACUCACACCACUAUUAAGCAAUAAGAUUUACUUGAGUCUGUUUAUUUUGAAUGUGGAUACGAAAUGUACCAUUUUCAUGUUGUUUCUUCCGUGCUGUUAUUUCAACUCUUUGCACAAUUGGCUCUUUCUUCAUUUCUAAAUGUUACCAAUAGUGUUUCAAUGCUGAAAUUUGAGAUGAGAAGGGAUAGAGUGUUAGUAUUUUUCACCACGGUGGUGAUUGGGUACACUUUCGUAUUUUAUUCCGUAAAGAUAAAUUUUUUUGUUGUUAUUCUUGUAAAAAUUAACACU